AUGGCCGAGCUCGCCGACCCGAACGCGAAGCCGAACAAGGACUUCUUGCCGCCCGUGGACGCUGCCCUGAGGCACGUGGUGCACGCUCUCCUAGAGGGGCACGAGGCGGCCAAGUCCACGGGAUUGUCACAGCAGAACCCGGUCGAGCAGGUGCAACUGUGUCUCGAGUAUCUGAGGGACAGGGUCGGCGUGCCUCGCGACCUCCCGUUCGCAGCAGCAAGACAGCUGAGAGCGCACCUAAACUGGUACUCCGGGGAGCUCCUGGAGCAGCGAUGAUGGUAUACACUCUUGAGGAGGAUGGCGAGAUCCCGGUAUUGGGCGGACAGCAGAUUGAGACCGGUGUACGAGAGUGGGCGUGGGGUGUCUUGCCUUGCAACCGCAGCGACAGAAGCAGCUAUAGCUCCGAUCGUUACCGUACCUUGACAUUCAAGGGGGCGGUGUCGUCAUGGAGGGUAUUCCGCACGGCGGUCUCCUUUGCUGCUGCUGCUGCUGCUGCUGCUGCUGCUGCUGCUGCUGCUGGUUCGAGGGCUUGCCUGUGAAUGACUCUAUGCUGGGAAAGUGUCGGGUCGGCUCAGUGUGUUUCGAUGGGAUGUGAAUAUAAAUGGAAAUGAUCUGGCGACUCAGUCGGCUGGCCGGGC